AUGAGCAACGGCUCCCCGUUUCCAAGCAAAGAGAGAUAUGAUCUUCUGAAAGAGGAAAUUCUCUAUGAUAAUGAUGACGCCUUUCGGGCAGUUUCGCGGCUACCCUCUCUACCCGGACCCCAAUAUUGGGACACCAGUUUAGAUCAAUUCUUUGAACGUCCCGUAGUUGAUGACCCCCCCAAGGAAGAAAGCGAGUAUCCGGAUAAAAUGCAUAUCGAUAGCCCACCAGCGGCGGGGAAACAAGGUUUUGGCGUUCCGGAGGGCAAAAAGAGCACCAGUGCGGAAGCCAGGACUGGGGACACAGGUGACGACGAGACCGCUCAAGGACCGCACACAAAAACAAUGUAUUGUGGCCGAAGGACUGGUACUGGUCGUGAAUGCCCAGAUGAUCUACGUGAAGAAACCCUCCGUGGCUUGGUGGAAAUGGUUGCAUGGGCCUUUGGAUGUCAAAUUACCAUUCCAAGCCUCCCGCCCCGCCUUCAAGUUAAGAGCAUGCUUUUCCCGGUCCGCCAAAAUUUUGUUGUUGCGCGGUCUCCCCAGGACAGACAAGCUGCACGAAAAGGUAUACUCGAGGGACCCAUGGUUUUUGUCCAAUGCAGGAGCGAAACAUUAUUCUAUGACAAAGAUAACCCAUCCGGGAGCAGAAAUGUGGAGAUAUGUGAUCUUUUACGCGAGAUUGCUGCGAUGCUUCUGUUCGCACAAGAAAGAGCAAGAGAAGGCAAAACGGAGAUGCGACCUGGCGACGGAAAAUGGUGGACCACAAAGCCACGAUGGGGUGGAGCGGAUAACCCAGGCCCGGAAGCCGAUAAAAAUACCGAUAAACCCAAGGAACCUACUCCCGAUACGGAUGUCCAGUCCGCAAAUAAAAGAUCCAAAUAUGAUAGAUCUUCACUUCCAUUUAGGCGCCAUGGGCCCAGCGGCUCAAAAAAGCUGAGCGUUGCUGAGAGAUGGAAAAUCUUGCAACCUGGCCCAAGUUUGUGGGACAAGAAAAUGAAAUACAAGCAGAUCGGGAAAGACAAAGACUCUCCUGUUGAUGAUAUUUUCAUGGUAUCCUCGAUCAACCACCAUUUUUCAAUCGUCCACAUCCGCGUCCAUUCCACCUACCUUGAGUGGCUUACAGGUAACAAAGGCAACUUUUCCGACCCGUCAAGAGACAGUACUGGUACCCCGUGGUACGUUCUCCGGCUACGUCGAACCAAAUGGUUCGACCUCUUUAACCCGAGUGAUAGGCUAGAAGGUUUGGACGGCCUUUGGGCCCUUUUCUCCUGGCUUAUGAGAUAG